AUGUUGAGAGCAGUUUCGAGAAUCCCAAGAAACACCAAAAUCUCGGUUUCAUCCGCUAGAAGAUGGAUCUCCGAAUCCUCUUCCGAGGUGUUCACCAAGAUCAACGACACAAAUGACCCUGCAAGAAAUCAAUUCUUUCAAUACACUUGGGGUUCAUGGAUGAAGGAUGACAAGACACAGAGAGCCAAAAGAGAGACCCGUUUCUCCAUCGAGGGAGUUUCAGAAUUCUUUAAGAGCUUGAAGCAGAAGGAGGCAGCUACCAUCGCCAAGCCGGAAGCCUUGGAUAAUGGAAUGGUGAUUUUGCCUAACAACUGGACGGAAGAAGUCAUUGGCUCCAGUGGCUUUGAUGUCAAGUCCAUUGCCAGUAUCCACGAAGGUAAGCACCACCGUAUCUACAAGCUUACCUUGGUGAGUGGAAAGGAGUUUGUUUUGAGAAUUCCAUACAAGUUGGAGUCGGACUUUGCCAUCGAUAACAAAAUCAAGAGUGAGGUUGCAACCUUGGACUUUUUGUCGGUCAAGUUGGGCGCCAGUGUGCCCAAGGUGCUUGCUUACGGUGUCAAUAGAUUGAACCCGUUGAAGACUCCUUUCAUUUUGAUGGAAUACGUAGAUGGAGAUCUUUUGAUGAAGCAAUGGGAUCCUUUGAUGCCAGACGGAGAGGAGACUGAGCAGAAGUUGAAGUCUGUAAUCGAGCCUAUUGUGGAGUUUCAGGAUAAGUUGUUGGAGAUCACGUUCAACAGAAUUGGCUCCCUUUAUUUCUUUGACGAUGUGAGCGUCGAAAACCAGUCCGUGGUUCCUUACGAUGAAUCCGACGAGACCUUGAAGAACAGAUGGAGAAUUGGACCUAGCGUGGAAAGAAUCUUCUCGAAGAACAAGAGCCACUUGUCAUCGGGUCCAAUCAGACGUUUCAACGGCCCUUGGGAUGCGGAUAAGCCCGAGAAGAUGGUGGAGGACAUCGCAAGCCUUGAAUUGGAAAGUUUGAAGGCAAGAUUAGCGUUGGCCCAGGCUGAUGCCAGCGGCCAGGUUGAGGAUAUCUCCGAGUUGAAGAAGCAGAUCCAGACCUUCGAGAACUUCAAGACCAUGAGCUCUAAAUUGUUCAACCCAAACUCUCCAUCGAUCAUGAAUGUGGGAGAGCUUUUCAAGCCACGGCUCUAUGUUCCCGAUUUGGACCCAUUGAACGUGAUUGUGGACUCCAAAAGCUCCAAACCUGUGUUUUUUGACUUGGAAUACUCUACCAUCAAGCCAUUUUUGCUCGCUGCCUACCCAUCAUUUGUUGCUUACCAAGGAGCUAAGAUCUUCAAUUUGCAAGAAGACAUUCCAGGGUUUGAUGAGAUGGAUGACGUCGAGAAGCAGCAGUACUUAUUUAUGUUCUACAAAACUAGAAACGAAAGAUUGUGGGAGCUUGCAUUGAACGCAAAGAGACAUGAUUUGAUUGCUGUGGCCUCUCCACACGUCAAGGUGUUGAAGGCUCCAUACUUGCAAUUGUUGGAAUGCAAGAACGAUAAGGAUUACAUGUUUGUCGAAAACGCUAUUGUGCAAUUACAGACCAUGUGGGACACUUAUGUGGCCAACCAGUUGUGCAAUGGAACCGAGGAGGCCUUCCCUGUUGCUUACACACCCGAGUAUUUAGAUGAACACAAGGCCGACUUGGAGGCAUACCAAAUCGAGGUUGCAUCCACGCCAUUUGCUGCCACUGGCGGCUGGGUUCCUCAAGAUAUGUUCACCGUUUUGAAGGAACAGGGAAUCUUGGUGGAAGACGGAGACGGAAACUACCGUAUUGAGACAGAAGCUGCGUUGAAGACUUCUGAAUCCAUGGAGGAGGAAGCUCAGGCUAAGGAGGCUGAGGCAGCCAAGGCCAAGUCCGAAGAGAAGUAG